AUGAUGUUUUUGUCUGUGCCCCAACAUGGAACACUUCUACCUGGGCAAGUGAUUAGACUACAUGAAGUCCUGGAGAAGGAAAAGAAAAGAAGGACUGAGAUAGAUCAGAUAGAACAGCUACCAGUUACAUCUGUGGAGAAAGAGAAGAAACUAAUUGAAGAACAUGUGGAUGUAUUCAACCCUAUGCCAGCUUGUUUUUAUACAGUUUCCCGGAAAGAGGCAACUGAGAUGUUGGAGAAGAACCCUUCCUUUGGAAAUAUGAUCCUGAGACCUGGUAGUGACAGUGGAAACUAUUCCAUCACGAUCCGACAGGAGAUAGACAUACCGAGAAUCAAGCACUACAAAGUAGUGAAAACAGGAGAAAACUACACAAUUGAACUAGAAAAACCUGUCACGCUCCCAAGCCUUUGCAGUGUCAUUGAUUAUUUUGUGAAGGAGACUCGAGGAAAUUUGCGACCAUUUAUUUAUUCUACUGAUGAUAACUUUGGCCAAGAACUCAACACUGAAGGGAGAAAUGAGAAGUUGAAGAAAAAUCCGUAUGUUGCAUGAAAAAAAACCCAGAAAACUGCCUUCAUAUACUUUAGGAAUUUGUAUUUUCAAAAGGAGCAUCUCCCUUUUAAAGAGAAUUACUAAUUACUUUCCAUUCCCAAGUCACUCAUUUGUACUCAAGUUACUCACUUGUACCCUAAUAAAAAAUGUAGCA